UUCCAACCACCCUGAAUGUUUCUCUCUCUCUUCCCACUCCCCCCCCCCCCCAGACUAAAAGCGAAGCCCCAGAGGCGAGGGGAGUAUAAUGUGUACAGUACGUUCCAGAGUCAUGAUCCAGAGUUUGACUACCUGAAGAGUCUGGAGAUCGAGGAGAAGAUCAACAAGAUCAGAUGGCUGCCACAGCAGAACGCUGCCUACUUCCUCCUCUCCACCAACGACAAGACAGUGAAGCUCUGGAAGAUCAGUGAGAGAGACAGACGACCAGAGGGAUACAACCUGAAGGAUGAAGACGGACGAAUCAGAGACCCAUCUACAAUCACGUCACUACGGGUUCCUGUCCUCCAGAACACAGAUCUGAUGGUGGAGGCGACAGCGCGGCGUGUGUUCAGUAACGCCCACACCUACCACAUCAACUCCAUCUCUGUGAACUCUGACCUCCAGACCUACAUCUCCACCGACGACCUCAGGGUCAACUUGUGGAACCUGGAGAUCACCGACCAGAGCUUCAACAUCGUGGACAUUAAGCCGUGUAACAUGGAGGAUCUGACAGAGGUGAUUACAGCAGCGGAGUUUCAUCCUCAGCAGUGUAACACCUUGGCUUACAGCAGCAGUAGAGGGUCAGUACGACUCUGUGACAUGAGGAAACAGGCGCUCUGCGACACACACUGCAAGUUCUUUGAGGAGCCAGAGGACCCCUCCACUCGUUCAUUUUUCUCAGAGAUCAUCUCUUCCAUCUCAGACAUCAAGUUUAGUCACAGCGGGCGCUUCUUGAUGACACGGGACUACCUGACGGUCAAGGUGUGGGACCUCAACAUGGAGACCAGACCGGUCCAGACAUACCAGGUCCAUGACUACCUGAGGGGUAAGCUGUGUUCUCUGUACGAGAACGACUGCAUCUUCGACAAGUUUGAGUGUGUCUGGAACGGGUCAGACAGUGUCAUAAUGACGGGGUCAUAUAAUAAUUUCUUCCGGAUGUUUGAUCGGAACACCAAGAAAGAUGUGACUCUGGAAGCUUCCAGAGAGAACAGCAAACCCCGGGCCGUCCUCAAACCACGCAAGGUGUGUGUGGGUGGGAAGCGUCGUAAAGACGAGGUGACUGUUGACAGUCUGGACUUCAGUAAGAAGAUCCUCCACUCCGCCUGGCACCCACAGGAAAACAUCAUCGCCGUGGCAGCCAGUAACAACCUCUACAUCUUCCAGGACAAGGUCACCUAGGCAGAAGAGGAAAAGGAUGGAGUGGAGAUAGAGAGGCUAGAGGAAUGGAGGGGAGUUAGAGAGACACGAGGAGAGGAGUGGAGGGGAGAUAGAGAGACACAAGGA